CACCGGUGUUCAGUCUGUCACCAGUGUCUCCGAGCUGCAGUGUGUGUAUGGCACUAUCCUACCUUCAUAUGUGUGUGUUCAGUGAUCUGUUUGUAAAUACACGUGUGAGUGUGUUUAGUCUGGAUUACGUCAGAGGUAGAAUGAAGAAUAGUCGUGUGCACGCGCAGACGUCAAGAAUCAUGUUGCUACGACACUGGGAUUGUUUACUAAUGUUACAGGUCACACUCCUGAACUGACUCAUGCAAAACGAUCAUGGAGAAAACGAACGCUUAGGAAGAGAAAAGAAAAAGAAACAGAACAGAAUGUUUAAAAGACUCUUGUAGUGAGCUGAACUCUGUGAGAAAUGAGUAUGAUUGUGGAGAGUUUGGACCCUCGGGAGCUUGAUCUUGACAAUGAGGAAGGUGACGAUGUGGAAUUUGAUCCCGGUGAGUGCUGCAUCCCGUUUUCAGCCGUGUAUAAGACAGUGGGGUUUAAAGAAGCUGGAGCACAAGUUUUUCUUGCCACUGAGCCAAUUACAGUCCGAGUCCUGGAGAUGGAGCGCUUCACCAGAGCCAAGGACCGAUUUAAGCCAUCCAGCGAAAGGAGUGCAUCCAAGGCCAUGACAGCUGUGUUCCGAAUCGAGUUGAAACACGGAAACUUCACCUGGGUUGUAAAGAGAAAGGAGAAACACUUCAUUGAGUUACACAGAGAGUUACUACGCUACAAAACCUUCAUAAGGAUUCCUUUACCCUCACGCAGUCACACUGUUCGCAGGAAGAGUGUUAAUAAGAGCGAGGUGCGGCAGAUGCCCAUUUUACCUCGUGGAGGGAGAGAGGAAAUCAUCCGGGAAGAGCAGGUGUCCAGCAGACGAAAACAGUUGGAGGAUUACCUGAACAAACUGCUGCGCAUGGCCACCUACCGCAAAUACCACGCUACAAUGGAGUUUAUUGAUGUGAGUCAGAUGUCGUUCAUUCAUGACUUGGGCCCCAAAGGCUUAGAGGGGAUGGUGUACAAAAGGUCAGGAGGUCACCGCAUCCCGGGCAUGAACUGCUGUGGUCACAGUCAGAUCUGUUACCGCUGGUCCAAGAGAUGGCUGGUGAUGAAGGACUCGUUCCUCAUGUACCUGAAACCCGACACCGGCGCCGUCUCCUUCGUCCUCCUGGUGGACAAAGAGUUCAGUGUAAAGAUGGACUUCAAAUCCACUGAGACCAAACACGGUGUGAGGAUCGACAACCUGUCCAGGUCUCUGGUGUUAAAGUGUAGCAGUUAUAGACAUGCCCGGUGGUGGGGACAGUCCAUCGAGGAGUUUGUACGGAAACAUGGCCGGGCGUUUCUCAGGACGCAUCGAUUCAACUCUUUUGCCAAAGAACAGGAAAACAUCCCCACCAAAUGGUAUGUAAAUGGUAAGACGUACAUGGAGGAUGUAGCUGAUGCCCUGGAAGAAGCAAAAGAGGAGAUCUUUAUCACUGACUGGUGGCUGAGUCCGGAGAUCUUCCUGAAGAGGCCGGUGGUGGAAGGGAACCGCUGGAGGCUCGACUGCAUCCUCAAGUGCAAAGCGCAACAAGGUGUGCGUAUCUUUGUGAUGCUGUAUAAGGAAGUUGAACUCGCUCUCGGUAUCAACAGUGAAUACAGCAAGAGAACACUACUGCACCUUCACCCCAACAUCAAGGUAAUGAGGCACCCUGAUCACGUUUCCUCAUCCGUCUAUCUUUGGGCUCAUCAUGAGAAACUCGUUGUGGUUGACCAAUCAGUGGCCUUCGUUGGAGGAAUUGAUUUAGCGUACGGUCGCUGGGACGACUGCAAACACCGACUCACUGACGUUGGGAGUGUGACUCGCUCCCCAGUACAGGAUCAGGUGGACGGUUUGGGGCUCUCAGUGUCUAAAGGACUUUCCUCCAUCAACGGCUGCAGAUCAGUCAAUUUAGCUGAACUUCCCAAACUGAAGGGUGUCGGCCGAAUGAGGAAAUCUCGCUUCAGCCUGUACCGACACCUUCACAGACACGGGCUCACACACACCAACAGCGUCAGCAGCGUGGACAGUGAAGAGCGGGGCUCUGUGCGCAGCCUGCAGACGGGUGUAGGGGAGCUGAUGGGAAACACUCGGUUCUGGCACGGGAAAGAUUACUGCAACUUUGUGUAUAAAGACUGGGUUCAGCUGGAGAAACCCUUCGAUGAUUUCAUUGACCGGUACACGACUCCCAGAAUGCCCUGGCACGACAUCGCCUCAGUGGUUCACGGGAAAGCAGCAAGAGACGUUGCACGCCAUUUCAUACAGCGCUGGAACUUCACCAAGAUAAUGAAGCCGAAGUACCGCUCUCUCUUGUAUCCCUUUUUAUUGCCCAAAUCUCACAGCACGGCCAGUGACCUGCUGUACCAAGUGCCCAACUGCGUCAACACCAAAGUUCAGGUGUUGAGGUCGGCAGCUGAUUGGUCAGCAGGUAUAAAAUACCACGAGGAGUCGAUACACAACGCCUACAUCCAAGUCAUUGCAAAGAGCAAACACUUCAUCUAUAUUGAGAAUCAGUUCUUCAUCAGCUGCGCCGAUAACAAACAGGUUUACAACAAGAUCGGAGACGCCAUCAUUGAAAGGAUCAUCAGAGCUCACAAAGAGAAUAAGAAGUUCCGUGUGUAUGUGAUCACUCCUCUGCUGCCAGGGUUUGAGGGUGAUAUCUCCACUGGAGGGGGCAGUGCACUACAGGCUGUCAUGCAUUUUAACUACAGGACCAUGAACAGAGGAGAAUACUCCAUUAUUUCUCAGCUGAAGAAAGAGAUGAAUGAUCAGUGGAUGAACUACAUCUCGUUUGGGGGGUUGAGGACACACGCCGAGUUGGAGGGACGACUCGUCACUGAGCUCAUUUAUGUCCACAGCAAGAUGCUGAUUGUAGACGACACCACAGUCAUCAUCGGUUCGGCAAACAUUAAUGACCGAAGCAUGUUGGGGAAAAGGGACAGUGAGGUGGCCGUGAUCGUGGAGGACAUUGAGAAUGUGGCGUCGGUGAUGGACGGACAGGAAUACCAGGCAGGAAAAUUUGCCCUGCAACUGCGGCUUGAGUGUUUCAAGAUGAUUCUUGGUGCCUUCACUGAUCCCUCCAUCGAUGUGAGUGAUCCAAUCAGCGAUCGCUUCUAUAAAGAGGUCUGGAUGACGACAGCAGGCCGAAAUGCCACAAUCUACGAGAAGGUGUUCCGUUGUCUUCCCUCCAGUUUGGUGAGGAAUCUCCAGGAGCUUUUGAGCUUCCAAACCAAGCCUGGUUUGGAUAAAGAAGACCCCGAUAAAGCUCAGGAGAUGCUGAAGAAGAUCCGAGGCUUCCUUGUCCAGUUUCCUCUCGACUUCCUGAGUGAGCAAAACCUCAUGCCUUCUGUUGGCACCAAAGAAGCCAUGGUACCGACUGAAAUCUGGACCUGACGGUGCCGACACACAGGAAGACAACUCAAGAUGAAGAGACUCGUGAAGACAGAUUUCAAACAGUUCCUCAAAAGUGCCUUGAUCAGUCGCAAUCUGUUUAUCUCAAACACGCAUUAACAUGAUUUCUGUGUUUACAGGAAGGACUGAAAGUCUGAGUGUCCAACAGAAAACUAGUUUUAUUAUCUUAUAGGAGCAGGUCACCUGGGUACACAACUGCAUUUUAACCAAAAAUGAAUUUAAGCUGCAUCAUGUUUGGGUUCUUCAGUGUCUGUUUGUUAUACAUUAGCACGUUUAGCCAUCGUGCUAGUUUAUUGCCUUAUCUGUGGAUCCGGAACUAGCGGAAACUAUACUAAUGUUCACCUGUUCAACUAAUAACAUUGCUAGUGAGAUAGCUAACUGAGGCUAACUAGCAAAUUAGUCAUGUAAGAGCUGAUAUUAUGUUAACGUUAAUUUUACAUCACAGAAUGACUAGCGCAAGUUAGCUACAUUUCUAAAUGACUCCUUGAUCAAAGCAGCAGGUUAUUUUUUAUUUUUUUUUUCACUCAUGUUUGUCAGAACUUUCAUGAAGUUUUGUUCAGGGAAACAAAGCCAUGACUGAAGGACAUGUCUGAAUUACAGUUUAAUAUCUGUUUAUAAUAAGUCAAGUGCAUUCACAUUUUAUACCUGACUAUUAUUGGGGAGGAAAAAAUGCAAAAUGGUGAAUGUUAAUUUUUUUAUUUAUUUAUUUCUUCUGUAAACCCUGUUGUUGUUGUUAAUUAUUCCCUGUAGUUCACUAUUUGGUGCAUCUGUUGCACACUUUUAUUUCAUUUAUUUAUUUUGUUUUUGUUUCAGUCUGUAUAGACUGACAGAUCAAUUAAACAUUUAUUAUUAUUAUUAUUAUUAUUAUUAUUCGCUGUUAUAAUUGAUGAUCUCUGAAGGAGAAAUCUGAGUCUCUUUCAUCAGCCGUGUGUGCACAUAGUUUUCUGUAUAAACUGUAAAUUCUUUCAAAUUGCAGAACAGAGCAGUGACACACUGACUUCAGUAAUCAUUAAACCAAAUGUACACUGUGUGCUGAGUGAAAGGGGAACUCCAGUGACGAACUCUGUCAGCAUAACUAAAAGGGGAGAGCCAGAGGGUAACACAGGCAUGAGGGAGCCCCGGGACAUAAAGCAGCAGCCACUACACCGUCAACAAACUCGAGUGAGCAAGCAAGUGGGGACUGACAGCAUCCAUACAUCCCAGUUUACCAAAACACUCUGUCUGAGGACCCUCCAGAUCUACUCCUUUACCUCAUAAACACCAUUAACACAAGGCUUGACUAAACAGAUAUGUUUUCAGCCGAGACUUAAACGCUGAGACUGUGUCUGAUUCCCGAACACUACUUGGAAGGCUGUUCCAUAACUGUGGGGCUUUGUAAGAAAAGGCUCCGCCCCCUGAUGUAGCCUUCACUAUUUUAUUUCGUAGCCUGCACCUUUUGAUCUAAGUAGGCGUGGCGGGUCAUAAAGGACCAGAAGUUCACUCAGGUACUGUGGCGCGAGACCAUUCAGUGCUUUAAAAGUCCAAAAAACACUGAAAGCAACUUCGUUCCUGGCAAGCACCGGUUACACUGCACAGUGAUGUCACAAUCUUAUUUUCCUUCAGAAACACAUCUCUGUCCUGGCUGUGUGCCCGCUCCAUGAGCUCAUUUCGUCUUGUGUGGGUGGGUGUAAUAUGAAGACAUCUUGUCAUUUUUUUCAGUCAAGGGCUUUUCUGGGAAAUGCACUGAAUUUCUGUCAUUUGCGACUGAAUAUGUGAAUUAAGAAAUCAGGUCUUUCACAUAAUUCAUUAAUGUCAAGAAUGUAAGUGUAUUCUGACUCCCGUUGAUUUAUUUAUUAAAAUUGUAUCUGAA